UAAAGAAGGAGGGGGCGGAGAUGCGACGUCACCGCAGAGGUUAGCCGUUGUUGUUCUCCGGGAACAGCUGGGAGAAGUAUUUUUCUGCAGAACUGAGGACUACUUUCAUCAUCAUGCGGUCACUUUUCGGGUUAAUUGCUGUUGUUACGGCAGCCACGUUGUAUCUGUAUUCGUUGUCGCAGUAUCUCCCGGCCGGACCUGCGAGAAGUCCCCAGCUGGACAGUGAAGGUGAACAUGAAGCGAAGGAGCCCCGUUACUCCUCUCCGGAGCCCAGCAGGUUGAAGUUCCCUUCAGACUUGGAGGACUUGCGGGAAUUGGCCGAACUUUUGCAGUUUUACAAGACGGAACACACUGGAUAUGUCCUGCUCCUGUUUUGUAGUGCCUAUUUGUACAAGCAGUCCUUUGCCAUUCCUGGAUCAUCGUUCCUGAACAUUCUUGCAGGAGCUAUCUUUGGACCCUACAAAGGACUGCUGCUUGCUUGUGUGCUCACCACAGUCGGUUCCACCAUGUGCUACCUCCUGUCGCAAGCCUUCGGCAAGCGUUACAUUGUUCAUCUCUUCCCAAGUAAAGUCUCCAUGCUGCAGAAGAAGGUGGAGGAGAACCAGGACUGUUUGUUCUUCUUUCUGCUCUUUCUUAGAUUCUUUCCCAUGACUCCCAAUUGGUUUUUGAACAUGUCUGCUCCAAUAGUCAACAUCCCGUUGACCUUUUUCUUCCUCUCAGUCUUCAUUGGCCUCCUGCCCUACAACUUUAUCUGCGUCCAGACCGGCGUGAUGUUAUCAGAGGUGUCGUCGCUGGACGACCUUUUCUCCUGGGAGCGGCUGCUGCAGCUGCUGGCCAUCGCCUGCGUGUCUCUGCUGCCCGGGGCGUUGAUCCGCAGCUACAGUCACAGACACCUCAAAGUGGACGCUCAGGCUCAGAACGGACUCGCCGCAGAUAAGAAGAGGCCAUGACUUGUUGAAUUUGGUCACUCGUCUUUUGAGGCCUACUGCUCUGAACAGCGGAUGUCGUUUGGAGAUGUGCACACUUGCGUGCAAAUGUUUUCAAUUGUGAGGAAUUGUAUAAUUCAAUUUGCCUUCUAGACAAAGUGUAGAUUACUUCUUUUAAGAAGACUUUCACGGUAAAGAUAAGUGUUAAAAAAAUUUCAAAUUUUUGCUGUUCUGAUGACUUUGUUUCAUAUUGAGUGUUUUAUAAAUGUUGUUGCUCUGGUGUGAGUCAAGCUUCUGAUGUACAGUGUGGGUUUGAAGUGCCUGUUGUGGACUUUUGACAUUUAAAUUCUACCUCUGUGCAAAAAUGAAAAUAUUCAUAAAGAUCUUCAAGGUCCCGUUUGUAGAGAUGGGCUGCUUCAGAAGAUCUGAUGUCACCUUUAUAGCCAAACAUGGGACUCCAGUUUUCAAUGCUAAGGAGACGAGCUUGUGAGCUGGAAAAGUUCUGCUCUGGAGCAGUUGGAAGGACACGAGGAGAAGAUCAAGGGUUUUUACCCGGCAUCCACACUCCUCACGUUAUAAUCCAGUCCAGCAGCUGCUGCAUGAGUGCGAGUAACCAGAGAUCACAGCAAAUCCACUUCCCAAUCCUGAGAAAGUGACUGAUCCGCCAUCAGCAGACGGGAGAGGACCCCCCCCCCCCCCCCCCCAAUAAAAGCCAUAGAGACGUUUGUCACUUAUUUCGGUUUUAAUAUACUAGAUAGAAAACAACCUGGAGGUGAUUUUCCUGGUUUGAUCAUCAGAUUUUUGUGUAUAUUUAUACAUCCUUUUGUGGGAGGAGCUACAUGGAGGUGAUUGGAGUAAAGGCAAUCUACUGAAUGUAAAGUUUAGUCAGAAAAGGUGACCUUUGAGGCAUAAAAAUGUCUUUCUUUUUGUCUUGUAAUCCAAAUCUUUGUUCUGUAGAAUGUCAUUCUGUGAGUGAAAUUCUACAUUCUUUUUUAAUCCUGUGGACUAAACUGUUGUUCAGCUACAAAAACAGGAUAAUAUUAAGUACCGACUGGAGGGGGAGGAAGAAAUUACAUUUUGUGUAUGAUGUUUUUGUUGGCUAAUAUUUCAAUGUCAUCACAAAGUUGUAAGAUGCUGUGACAACAAAAUCUGCAGUGAAGACAUGGCUCACUGCUGAUUCAGCACCUCUAUUUUUUUUAAAGGUUUUUGAGAAAAUAAAACACCCCAACAGC